AUGUCUUCUGCAUCUGGGCCAAGUUCAUUGGCUUCAAGUUCAACCUCAUUUCUCAUUGAAGACACUGAAGACAUUGAAUAUUCAGAUAGUGAGGAUGAAUAUAUGCUGCUUUUAACCUUUCACCGAACUUCUUUGGAAAACCAGGAUUCGGAUCAUAGUAAUGACGAUUAUGUAAAAGUAGAUACUUCAAGUGCCUGCAAAAGAAAAUGCAAAUCAGCAGAAGUUACACAACAAAAGCUUCCUUUGCCACCCAAUUUUGACCCAUACAUUCAUUCGAAAUCACUACAUCAAGCAUUUGUGCACCUGCCAUUACAACAUGAAGUUGUUAAAUCAAUUGACAUUUUUCUUCUUUUUUUUCCAAUAAACAUGUUAGAUACAAUAGUAGUUAACACAAAUUUAUAUGCAUUAACAAAAAAUGCUAGUGCUUUUAGACUUUUCAAGUCCCCUUCUCUUAAACAAUACUGGAACGAAGAUACAAGGUUCCCUUUUUAUCAUAUUUCAAGGCAAAUGACACUGAAACGCUUUGAACAAAUUAAGCGAUAUUUACAUAUUUCUUCACCUGCAGAAACGAUUAACCAUUACUUUGAAAAAUUAGAGCUUUGCUUUCCCAU